UCACACAGGUCAUGUCAGGUCUAUCUUUAUAUCUAGUCUUUGUCAUCUGUCAAAUGCCGGUCAAAAUUGCACACAAGUUCCCGCGCAAAAUUUAUUGUUAACACGCAAUUUUUACUGUUUGUUGUUAACGUAGAAAGUUUUCAUUGUACAAUUAAAUAUGAAAUUUCGUUGUAGAAUGGUGGACGUGGUUGCUAUGAGAGACUUUACGAAUAUUAUUAACAUUCUUUCCCGAUUAACAAAACAAUGUACAUUGAGAUUAACAGCGACCGAGCUGUGCUUUAGCGUCGGCGACGAUCGAAUAACAAUGGUAUGGGCAGAAUUACGUCAAAAUCAUUUCUUCACCGAAUAUGUUUUGAACGGGGUUACCGAGGAACAAAAUGAAAUUUAUUUAGAAUUUGAUGCGACUAUGCUAGCAAGGUCUUUAAGUGCUUUGAGAAUGACCGCAAAAAGCGUUAAAAUCAAACUAACUAAUAAACGGCAACCUUGUCUGUCAUUGGAAAUCGAACUACCUUCGUUGAGCAUCGAUUCGAGACAAUGUUUGCACGAUGUUCCAGUCAGAGUUAUACCCCGGCGAGAAUGGCCGGAACACCAAGCACCAAAUAUACCGGAAUUCGAUAUAUCGUUGGAUAUGCCGCAACUUAAACAUGUAAGAAAUAUUGUCGAGAGAAUGAAGAACAUGAGUCCGCGAUUAACGUUAAGUGCCGACAAGUCCGGCACGUUUGUGCUAAAAAUUGACACGGAUAGUGCAACGGUUUCUACACAUUUCCAAGAUCUACAAGUUUGGAGCUGCAGUCAAAAAGAUUGCAACGACAAAAUAUCGGCUACCAUAGACGUUAAGAAGUUUUAUACGUUUCUGGGCUGGGAUAUUGUACAUCCCGAUGGCGUAAAAUGUAACAUGCUUGAAGACAGAAUGGUAAACUUACAUUUACACAUGCAAGAUCAUUUGAAAAUACAUUAUUUUAUUCCUGCAAUGACUACUUGAGCCAUUCUUCAUGUUAUA